AUGGAAAAUAAAGUGAAAAUUCAAGAGCUGGAUUCUGCAAGUCAAGGACUUUUGACCGGAUUUUUCCCAGCUACAUUUUGCCCAUUUUUGGCGCAUGUAAAAGAAGCGUGGGAGCUCCGUCAUCAUCCAAAUAUGAUGUUCAUAUUCUACGAAGAUAUGUUAAAGGAUGUACCCUUAUAUAUCAAACGGCUAGCAGAUUUCCUUGGCAAGAAGCUAACGGAUGAACAAAUCGUCAAACUAAGUGAGCACUUGAGUUUUGAGAACUUCAAGAACAACAAGUCUGUGAACCCGACAUGGAUAGCUAAGAGUGGAAACCCCGAUGCCGAGGGUUUUAUUAGAAAAGGUAAAUCGGGCACAUGGCGCGAGCAGUUUGACGACGAGAUGGCGGCGCAGGCGCAGCGCUGGAUGCGCGAGAACCUCGCAGGCUCUGACCUGCGCUUUCCUGACUAUACCUCCUAGUUGA